UCGUCACAGCUCAAAGAGUCAGGCCCCAGAAAAGCCGACCCCUGUGACGCCAUGCUGGCCUCCAACGCCUUCACCGUGGUCAGCCCAUCCACCAUCGCACCGCAGGUUGGCAUUGCCCAGCACGUGGAGCCCAAGGCCCCAAAGAGCAGCACCGAGAGCAGCGGUGCCUGGCUGUCUGGUACCGGCGCUGCCUUGGCAGCAACCGGCCUUGUUACCGCCUCUGCCCUGCGCCGCAAGGCCCGGGGCCUGCGGGCCAAGAAUGCACCAGUGGCCACCGGUCUCAGCAGCUCCGUCGCGAGCGAGACCUACUUCCGUGAUCAGUUGGUGGCGUGCCGUGCCCAGCUGGAUGGAGUGAACGCCCCGACCCUGGAGGAGACGGACCAGCACGUGCAGGACGUGCAGAAUUUCGCCAAGCAGGCACUGGCAGGAGCAGCAGCAGCCAUGGUCUUCACGUCCUCCAUGGAGUCAGCAGUGGCCUACCCCAUCUUUGCGCAGCAGAAUUAUGCCAACCCCCGCGAGUACACGGGCAAGAUCGUCUGCGCGAACUGCCACCUGGCCUCCAAGCCCAUCGAAGUGAGGAUCCCACAGGCUGUUCUGCCCGACACCAUCUUCAAGACGGAGGUGGAGAUCCCAGCCAAGUACGCCAAGCGCCGCCAGCCAAUUGCGGAUGGUUCCAAGGGACCCAUGAACAUCGGAGCGAUUGCUGUCAUGCCUGAGGGCUGGAAGCUCGCCCCCAAGGAUCGGCUCCCCAAGCCGCUAAAGAAGGAGAUGAAGGGUCUGGCGUGGUCUGCUUACAGCAAGGAGUACCCCAACAUCGUCGUUGCCGGCCCGGUUCCCGGUGAGAGCUACGAGAAGAUGGUGCUGCCAGUGCUGGCCCCUGAUCCCAACACCAACGACAAGGUG